AUGGAGCGGAUUCAAGCGGCAAUCAAGCGCCAAGGAAAGGCGGCGGCGUCGUCGUCGUCCGGCGGAAGACGGCUGCUUCAAUGGAACGAUCAUGAAUGGUCGGUAUAUCAGAAGACCCCUCCAUUUGGAGGUUUGGUCGAGAACAUCGUGCCGAUCCGUCCACCAUUGUCGACGUUGUACGAAGUGCACUACGACAGCUCGUUCAAAGGUGCCACGCCCACGGACCUCAUGGAAGGGCUGAUUGAACAGGCAAAGCGAGGAAAGGUGUUCAACGUGGCAACGGUCAUUGAUGCGUCUGGUAACGGGGUAUACUACCAUGAACGAGGGGAAUGGAACGAUUGGGACGUCGAGUACGUCAAGAUCCCCGCUGACACUGACAACGACGCCGUCCAUGAUGCGGCGUCUGCAACCGAGAUCGUCCCAUCCAAAUCGUUCGUCAACAAGUUUCUCCAGAGUGUUCAGCAGCAUUUCGCUGGCGAUCGAUGCGACGAGAACAUUGCUGUCUUUGGGGCGCGGGGCUACAACACGUCGGCCUUUCUCAUCGUGUGCUACUUGGUGGAACUGAAGGGACUCUCGUUGAACGAUGCUCUCGAAGCAUACAAGAAGACCAACCCCGUGGGCAUUUACUCGACUGCGUGCUUGGAAGUACUGUACAAGCGGUACUAUUCCACGCUCAAACCGCAAGGCCUGCGGAUUCGGCGGCCUGAUCCGCCAUCGUGGGACCCUGUAGCCGCGGACGACUCGCCCGAGGCCAUCGGCGCCGACAUCUUGACCGACGACGACAAGGCGCAGCCGUUCGUUCGUAGCCAGUCGGCGGCGAUCGCGCCUCCAAAACCGGCAGCCUCCUAUCCCCCUCCACCAAGCAGCAUGCCGUCCACGGCGUCGCAUCAUCAUCCGAGCUACAAACCGGCGGCCCCUCCAGUGUUUCACAUGCCGCCGCCUGUCGCGAAGAAGCCCCUGACCAAAAAGCGAAAGAUCCGGACGUGGGAGGACGACGUGGAGCCGUUUCCGUUCGGGGAUGCCGUGCCCGUCGACUCGGCCGAGCACGAACGCCUCGUGGCGGUGGUGGCGGAGCUCACGGGCGGCCUCUCGGACGGCUUUCCCGGCUGCGAAGCCACAUCUUUGACCAAGAUUCACAUUCGCGACCCAACUAGAAGAGCGCCGGGGUCGUUGACCAAGGAAUAUCUCGUCACGUGGCGGGCUCGUGGAACGCGAUGCUUGAUUCUAGCCCUCAAGGACGCCAACUACCUCGUGUCUCGGGCUCAAACAUUUACCAAGAUCAACGUCAAGUUUCCACGAAAACGAGCGCUGCAUGAAAACACAGACAAGACGUUGGUGGACGGCGUGCUGGUUUUGGAUCGGGACGGCGGCGCGGUGGUGCGGCGCUUCCUCGCGUUCGACCUGAUUGCGUGGGAAGGGGCGUCCGUGUACAAGAGCAAGCUGGAGAAGCGGCUGCAGUGCCUCCAGAAUGAAAUCAUCCUUCCUCGCAAAACGGACAAAACGCUGGAAGGCGCCGACGAAUCGUUCCGCGUGCGCAUGAAAGAUCACUUUCGCCUUGACAAGACGGAGCAUCUGCUUCGGAACUUCAUCCCCAAGGUGACCCAUGACGUGGAAGGGCUCAUCUUCACGCCCAAGCAAGCCACGUACGGCGUCGGCGGGUUUGAAGCAGAUGAACCAGUGUUCAAGUUUGUCACGGAUGCCAGCAUGAUGAUGAUGGGCGGGCUCGAUGGCAGCCUCACGGAAGGCCAGUUGUUGCAGUACAUCCAACACAUUCCAAAGUAG